UUUUUCCACUGCUGCUUCCAGUUUAGCGUCCGACUGCUCGCUCCCUGCCCCUCCCUCUACCUCUCUCCCUAGGGUUUCUACCACGCGCCCGCUUCCGACUAGCAGCGCUAGCGUCGCCUAACUCCGACCGAGGGGACAACGAGGGUUUUGGGACGGACGGAGGGAGAUUUGAAGGAGGCAGCGGAGGGCCGGAGACCAGACCAUGAGGCCGGUGUUCUGCGGCAACUUCGACCACGACACCCGCCAGUACGACCUCGAGCGCCUCUUCUCCAAGUACGGGCCCAUCAGCCGGAUCGACAUGAAGUUAGGCUAUGCUUUCAUUUACUUUGAAGAUGAGCGUGACGCAGAGGAUGCUAUAAGGCGUCUCGACAAUGUGUCUUUUGGUUACAACCGGCGCAGGCUUUCUGUGGAAUGGUCUAGGCAAGUUGAACCGGUGCCAAAGAGCCGUGAUAGGCCUACUGGGGAUGUAAAGCCAACGAGAACCCUCUUUGUUAUCAAUUUUGACCCCAUACGCACUAAGGUUCAAGAUAUUGAGAAGCAUUUCGAACCGUAUGGCAAGAUUGCCAACAUUCGCAUUCGAAGGAACUUUGCAUUUGUACAAUAUGAGACACAAGAGGAAGCUAGUGCCGCUGUUAAGAACACUGACAAGAGCACCAUAUUGGACAGGGUAGUGACCGUUGAAUAUGCCUUCCGGGAUGAUGACGGCGAUAGAGAUGACCGAUACGACAUCCCCAAACAAGGUGCUUAUGACAGGCGUGGUGGUAGCCCCUACAUGCGCUCACCUAGCCCAAGGUACCGAAGGGACUACGUUCCAGAUUAUGGUCGGCGUGGACGUUAUCCUGGCUAUGGUCGCCGUGAUGGAGCAAUGUAUGAAAGGCGAAGCCCUGUAUAUGAUCGCUACGGCGGGGGCAGAAGCCCCGCUUAUGAUCGCUAUGACAGGAGGAGAAGCCCCGGUUAUGAUCAAUACUAGUCCGGUCGAUUCUGAGGAACCCAGUAAGGAAGUAGUUUCCAAGGAAGAGGUGGCGAGCAACAACAUGAUUUUUGCCACGCCAAGUAUACCUGGAGGAGCCGUGGUGUUCCAAGUAUGUCUGAGUGCUGUCAUGGUAACGCGAUGCUGGUUCCCUGGUUGUUGAUUGGAACGAAUCCUAAGCGUCUGAAAGAGAUUGGUUUGCAUGGAUUGCUUGCCGUUGCCACCUUGCCUGUUUUGAAGUGUAACCUUUGCUGGUGAAUGUAAUGGCUGUCGACUAACUUGUACACCGUACCUUUGCGUGCCCAUUUUUUUAGGCGGGUGAACUUU